UCUUAUCUAUGAUCAUCUGUAUCUUUGAUACCGAUGAUAGCCGAGUCAGUCCACGCAAGCUUUGCAAUUCACACGCUAUGAUAUAUACUUGUACGGCCUCACAUUGCGGUAUGCUGCAUCCCAGUUCUACGUGAACACCAUGCCAACAAUGCCCGACGACAGCCUUGCCACCCAGGCACUCCAUGCUGACAAUGGCCUAGACGGAGAAUCAGAUAUUGCCCCGCCAAUUCAUCUCAGCACAACCUUCCGGUAUCUGUACAAUGCGGACCAAGAGGAAUCUCUACCCGGGCCAGCACUCGGGAGCUUCUGUUACUCCCGAGACCGCACUCCGACGCGCACCCGGCUAGAAACAGUCUUAUCCGCACUCAUCCGCGGCCCAACACUAACCUACGCCUCCGGUCUGGCCGCGGUGCAUGCAUACCUCGUAUUUCUCAAACCGAAGCGCAUAGCCAUCGGCGACGGGUACUACGGCAGUCGCCAGGUAGCCACUCUGCACCAACAGCUGACGGGCUGUGAAAUUCUGCGACUCGACCAGCUCGAUGCUCUCGAAGAAGGCGACGUAAUCCACCUCGAAACGCCAAUUAACCCAACAGGAGAAGCACUCAGUAUCCGACGGUUUGCAGACGAGGCUCACAAACGCGGAGCAUACCUGGUAAUUGACUCGACGUUCGGCCCGCCAGGUCUCCAGGAUCCGUUUGCGCUGGGCGCAGACAUCAUAAUGCACAGUGGGACCAAGUAUUUCGGUGGUCAUCAUGAUCUUCUGUGCGGGACGUUGUCGAUCCCGCCUGCGAGGGAAGAAACGUGGUUCAAGACUUUACAUGAACAGCGGACUAUUCUCGGUAGUGUGCUUGGUAGCAUAGAGGUGUGGCUUGGCCUGCGGAGUCUUCGGACGCUGGAGUUGCGGGUACAGCGGCAGAGUGAGAAUGCUAUGGCUUUAGCUCGCUGGCUCGAUGAGUGCUUGAAGAGCGAGGCUGAUAAUGUGGUUAAGAAGACCGUCGCUGCUGUGAGACAUGCGAGUCUCCAGGAGAGGGAUAUGGAUUGGUUGCGGGAACAGAUGCCGAAUGGCUUUGGGCCGGUGUUUGCUAUUGAGAUGAAGACGGAGGAGAUGAAUCGUGAAUUGACGGGCUUGUUGCGUCUGUUCCAACACGCGACUAGCCUUGGUAGUGUGGAGAGUCAGAUCGAAUGGAGGAAGCUGGUGGAUGCAUCGGCGAAGCCGACACUUCUUCGGGUUAGUGUUGGGGUGGAGUAUUUGGAGGAUCUGAAGAGAGACUUGUUUCAUGGAUUUGAGGGGUUGAUUAAGGAUUGACAUUGGGCAGAGCUUUCAAGAAAGCUAGAAAGAAAUCUUCAGUUGGGACUUGGGGGAUCUAUGGCAGCUCUUGUGGCUAGCGAGUUGGAUUGAACCCUCUCUGUUCGGGUUUGUGGCUUUUAGUUGGAGGUGAUAAUGAAUUAACAACCUUGAAGCCAUGCUAGCUCCUUUAAAUAUUCGGUAUUCGGUAUGGUAAGCUUCAGAUCAGUGCGUAAGUCUUGAUAGAUCUUCUACCUGACAACAGUAGCCCGAGUAUAUCUACGUCUAACUACAGCACCCUCAAGCCCACAAAGUCAGGCCCAUAGGACGUGAAUCCAUUCUCACCAUCCUCAUUUCCGAUGAUAACAUCAUUGUCACCAUCCUUCCACCCCU